CUUGUGGCCAAUGCAAUCCUUUUUGUCAGUGUAAAUUUGUAUGGGGUCUUUGUGAGGAUUUUGACAGAAAGGGCUCAGAGGAAGGCAUUCCUUCAGGCCAGGAACUGCAUUGAGGACAGGCUGAGGCUGGAGGAUGAAAAUGAAAAACAGGAACGUCUCUUGAUGAGUCUUUUGCCCAGGAAUGUUGCGAUGGAAAUGAAGGAAGAUUUCCUGAAGCCUCCUGAAAGGAUUUUCCACAAGAUUUACAUUCAAAGGCAUGACAAUGUUAGCAUUCUGUUUGCAGACAUUGUGGGGUUCACUAGUUUGGCAUCACAGUGUACUGCCCAAGAGUUGGUGAAGCUGCUGAAUGAGCUUUUUGGAAAAUUUGAUGAAUUAGCUACAGAAAACCAUUGCAGAAGAAUAAAAAUCCUGGGGGACUGUUACUACUGUGUAUCAGGAUUGACCCAGCCCAAAACAGAUCAUGCCCAUUGCUGUGUUGAAAUGGGACUGGAUAUGAUUGACACCAUCACGUAA